AUGUGAUGUGAUUUCUGAGCAAAAUAUCAAAACAGAGACAACCUGUCGUCUCUAAAUUUUGUUAGAGAAUAUUUGAAACUAUUGAAGUAGUGUUAUUUGUUAUCAAUUAAGGAAGAGUUUCAAAAAUGGUUAUGUUACCUUUUUGCUUAGCCCCUCACUGUAAAUCAAGAGCAUCAAUAUUGAAAAAACAUGAAGAUAUAACAUUUCAUUCCUUUCCCAAGCCAAACAAACUAAAGGUUUUUGUCGAGGUUGAUGAUGGAUUGAAAGAAUUGAUGGAUAGACGACAGGCAUGGAUACAUAUACUGAAAAUUAAAAAGCCACUGGCUAAACAUUCGAAAGUAUGCUCUCUUCAUUUUAAAAAAGAAGACUACUUUCCGUCUAGUAUGACUGCAGAGGACAUCUAUCAGAUUUGAGCAGGUAUGAAGCAAGUAGAGAAGAUUAUGAUACUACAAGAUGGUUGGGUCUCGAUGAAAAUGAAAGAAAAUUAGAACAACUAUGUGAUGAAGAAAGAUAUUAUUCCCUUAUGAAUAAUGAAGAGGAGGAAGAAAUGUAUAAAGAAGAGGAAUUGAAAAGGAAUAAAACAAAUGAAUUCCAAUAUAGUUAUGAUGUCCCAAAAAAUCCUGAUGAGAAAGAACUUCCAUCAACAGUAUUAGAAAAUGAAAUUGAGGAAAAAUAUGAGCCUUCCCCAGAUUUAGAUGUACCAGUUGAUAUUCAAAUACCUAGAACAGUCAAGGAAUACGCAAGAAUAGAGAAAACAGCCAUAUUUGUGUCUACUCAGGGACCACAGAUGGAAAUUUUAAUCAAAGCAAAACAAAGCGACAACCCUCAGUUCAGUUUCUUGAAUCAAAAUGAUCCUUUAUACAAGUUCUACCGACACGUUCUUGAUGCUGUCAAAAAUAGAAGAUAUAGAUCCAGUGUUGCUAAAUCUGAUUCUAAUACGGCCAAUACUUCAACGGAUGAAAAUGGUGACCACUAUCUUCACCCAAGUUUGGUAUCGUCAGCUUCCUCCAGUACGGAGGUACAACCCACAAUUCCUAGCAUUCCAUAUAGGCCAAAUGCGAACUGCGCAUAUUCCCAACUUGUCAGUAGGAUUCAAGGUACCACCAUCGCAGAAGUAGGUACCCAUCAAACAACGCAAAUUAAGCCUGCAGAGAACCAGGACGUUCACAAGAUACAGGAAGAUGGUGUCCAAGUGGAUAUGAGCACUCUGACGUAUGAGCAGCAACAGCAGUAUUACCAGUAUUAUAUGCAAAGGCAAUAUUAUGAAUAUUAUAAACAGCUUCUCGAAAAAUCGGGCGUUUCUAGUGAUGCCCUUUCACAUCCGGAUCAAGCAAUGAAUCCUAGUAUGCAAGCUUUCCUCCAGCAGAUGAUGUAUGCCCAGUAUUUACAGCAGAGCCAACAACAACAGCCUACAAAUCCAUACGCACAGAUUGUGUCAAAUUUGAGUAAAGAGAUGUCAAAUUUCAACCCUUCGGUGGAAACACCCGAUAUAUCUAAGGAACCUGUCAUAUACAGUGAGAAAAAAGAUAAUCCACCGUCUGCUAUCCCAAAUCCGCAGACAUUGCCAAAAGAAGAAAUACCUGUAUCCAAAAAUAGUAAGCCGAGCGAAUCUCCAAAGAAGGCUGCACUGUCUCUAAUACAGAACUACGCUUCGGACUCUGAGGAAGAAAAUAGCGAAAAUGAGGAAAAAGUCGAUGACGAUUUCAAGAUACCCGAUGAAGAAACAAAAGUGGUUAUUGACAAGAUGGCGUGUUAUGUUGUGAAAAACGGCGAAGAUUUCGAGAAGAUUGUCAAGUCCAGAGAAGACCCCAGAUUCGUGUUCCUGAAGGAAGAUCAUGAGUUCCAUCCGUAUUAUCGGCGUAAAGUGGAAGAAGAACGUAGGAAAAUGAAAGAAGCGGCAGGUCAGGACGAUGACAAGGCAGAAAGUAAAGAAGUGUCGACUAUCAAUCCUGGAAAGAUGAAAGAGAAGAAAGUGAUUGCACCAGUUAGUUUUUCCAUUAAAAAACCGAAAGAAGACCCUCCAAAGGAAAUUAAGAGCGCCCUUCCAGUGGAUGAAGAAACGGACGAAGAGGAGGUUGGCAGUCAGGAAGCUGCUGCACCAUUGGCUCCCGUGAUUCCCCAACCGCCAACUUUGGUCACCAGUAAUGUAUCGAAAAAAGUAUUCAAAAUAGAAAGUUCAUCAAUUGCCAAGGAAAAAGAAUCCAAGCCGAACAUUCCUCAAGUGAAUGAUAAUUCCCAAGGUAAAUUUAAAAAGACUGAAGUAAAUGAAGAUGAAAAUAAGACAGCACCUGAGGACGAGAAAAUUGUAGAAAGAGUUAUCGAACAGAAACAUGAAAAGGAAGAGAAGAUCAAUUCGCCUAAGAAGAAUGAUGUAUUGCAUAAAGAUGAUCCAGUUUUGGAGAUGAUCGAUUUGACAGAAGAUGAGAGGAAUAUCGAUUUAGUUAAAAACGCUGAUAUAUUCGAUCUUAGUCCUGACAAAGAGAAGACUGCUAGGGAAAAUCGAGCGUUACAGUUAGAAAGGAGAAGAAAAGCCCUGGCUUUUCUGAAAUUGAAAUCUGCAUCACAUGAUUCUGAUCAGGUUCCGGACAGUGGGAAACCUACCAUCCUCACUAUUGAUCUAUCCAACAUCCAAUCGCCGAAAAAGAAAUAUAUCUCCUCUGAUAGUUCCGAUGAAGACAAAAGACGGCAUAGAAAGAGGAGUAGGUCAAGAAAUAAAGAAGCAGAUCAUCACAGAUCCAAAAGGUCGAAGGAAAGUGAGAAAACCCCCAGUAGAAAAGACAGGGAAAAGUAUAGAAAGAGCAGAACUCCAAAAGUGGAAAGGAACAUUGACAGCGGAGUUAGUGAUAAAGAGGAAGGUGAAAUGUCAGACGAUACCGAUGACACAAAACAUAGAAAAUCAUAUAAGAAGAAAAAGAGUCACAAAAGGAAGCAUUCCAAGAGUAAACAUAGUUCUAAAAGCAAAAAGAAAUCCAAAAAAAAAGAGAGAGAAGUGUCUUCCAGUCCGAGUGAUUCGGGAGCAUCAACCCCUAGAUGAAAUAUGUACAAUGAAGUUAUUGUUAUUGCUCAAUUUUUCUGAAAAUCUGUAAAUAUUAUGAUAAUGUAAUUACGCGCAUGAAAUUAAUAAAAAUAAAUAUUUUUA